AUGGCAGACCCCGCUGAGGUCCCUUCUUCCAUCCUCAUCAUUGGCUCCGGCGUCUUCGGCCUGACGACAGCCUACGAGCUCGCCCUCCGCCCCCGCUACGCCUCCACAAAGAUUACCCUCCUCGACCGCUCUCCCGUCCCCGGACCCAGUGAAGACGCCGCCAGCGUAGACUCCUCCCGCAUCAUCCGCUCCGAUUACGCCGACCCCGUCUACUCACGACUCGCUGCAAAGGCCCAAAUCGAAUGGCGCAAGACUGCCAAUGCCUCUGACCUUGGAGGCGAGGGCCGGUAUCGGCAGUCCGGUAUGGUCCUCGUCGCCGACCCCGCCGCAUCAUCACCGUCAGCCACCCCUGCCGACCCUUCCAAAAAGUCGAGUUUGGAAUACGUCCAGCAGAGCUAUCACAACGUCAUUUCCCUUGUAGGUGAAGACGGCGACAAGAUCAUUAAGGAACUCCCAACAUCCGCCGCCAUCCAGGAACAUCUUGGUACCCCCAGAGCCCCUGGAACAUGGGGCUAUCACAACCCCCUCGCCGGCUGGGCUGAUGCCGGCGAAGCCAUGAAGCACUUCACCGCCCGCCUCCAGGCCCUCAACCGCGUGGAAUUCGUCUCCGGCACGGCUGCCCGCCUAAACUACUCCUCCACGUCAGCCGUCACCGGCGCCACCCUCGAAGACGGACGCGUUCUCUCUGCGGACCUCGUCGUCGUCGCCGCUGGCGCAUGGACGAGCCGACUCGUCGACCUCGAGGGACAAGUCAGCGCCACAGGCCAGGUAGUAGGCUACAUCGACAUCACCCCGGAAGAGCUCGCCGUUCUCUCCAAGAUGCCAGUGGUCCUUAGCUUCAGCACAGGACUCUUCAUGAUCCCUCCAUCGGGGCUGCAGGUAAAGGUAGCCCGUCACGGCUACGGCUACAUCCACCCGGCCUCCGUUCCCCACCCGAACCCUUCAUCCUCAGGAGAGAGUGUAGUCUCCCUGCCCGUAACCCACAUUACGCAUCCGGACUUCAAGCUCCCAGAGGAGGGCGAGGAUGCGCUGCGCCAAGCCGUCCGCACCAUCGUGCCCAUCCCUGCCAUUCACGACCGUCCCUUCGUCAAGACACGCUUGUGCUGGUACACCGAUACCAAGACCAGCGAUUUCAUCGUUUGCCACCACCCAAAUGUCAAGAACCUCUUCGUCGCAACAGGUGGCAGCGGUCAUGGCUUCAAGUUCCUGCCUGUCCUGGGUGAAGAGAUUGUCAAUGUUCUCGAAGGCAAUGGCGACAAGGUGUUCACGGAGAAGUGGAGAUGGAGGGGGGUCAAGAGGGACGACAACGCGACAAACGCUUACGAACAUAUUACGAACGAGGAUGGAAGCCGUGGAGGCAUUCCCGGAAUCAUGCUGAACCCCCCGCGGGCUAAACUGUAA